GCUCGAUCCCUCCUCAGGAACCCUUGACCGAAGUGUAGGAAUCUGAGUCAUGGACAGCAGGAGGGAGUCCUCGGAGACCUUGAGGAACAAAUGCGCGGCCUGCUACAGGCAGUACAACAGGAUGGAGCACCUGGUGGAGCACAUGAAGGUGAACUACCACUCGGUGCACGAGCCCAGGUGCGGCGUCUGCGGCAAGCACUGCCGCUCCUUCGAGUCGCUCAGGGAGCAUCUCAUCGGGCCUUUGCCGAAGGUGGAGUGCGCGCGGGUCUUCAGCGUUCGCGGCUGCAGCAUCUGCCUCAACAUCUUUGACAGCAACGCUGCCGUCAGACAUCACCGUGCUGCCUGCCAAUACACCCGUGCUGCUCCGAUGCCCAGGGGCGGCAUAACCGGCCGUGCGGUUGCUCUGGCUUGCAAAAUGGUCGGAGGAGUGAAUGACGGCUCAGUGGACCUUUGUGCAAGGGUGUGCCUCAUUGGAGAAGACGAGAAUAUCAUCUUCCAGACCUAUGUCAAACCUACAGCUCCUGUUACCAACUACAGGUAUGAAGUAACUGGGAUAAGGCCAGAGUACUUGAGGGACGCAAUGCCACUGAAGGUUGCACAGAGGAGGAUUCAGGAGAUCCUGUGCAAUGGGGAGCCUCUGUGGAAGUUACGCCCAAGGAGUUAUGGAAGGGCCAAGAUUCUGGUUGGCCAUGGCCUGGACCAUGAUCUUGAGCGCCUAGGGUUGGAGUACCCAGCAUUCAUGAUCAGGGACACUGCAAAAUACCCGCCUCUGAUGAAGACUAGCAAGAUGAGUAACUCCCUGAAGUACCUUACACAAGCAUAUCUGGGGUAUGAGAUUCAAACAGGCAUUGAGGACCCCUAUGAGGACUGUGUGGCAGCAAUGAGGCUGUACAUCAGGAUGCGAUCACAAGCUCACCCGAGAGAUUACAACUCUGGUUCAGGUGAGGUCCAGAACAACUACCCAGCCUGGAGGCAGAGAGAGCUGGAGAGGAUGAGCCCAGAAGAACUCCUUGCACUUUCAGCAUCAGACUACUAUUGCUGGUGCCUGGAUUACUAAAUUGAUUGGCUACAAAGCGAAUAAGGCAGGCCAACAUUGUUGGUCCAUUCAUAUUCCGUCUAUGAAAAUAAUCUUUAGAUGUACAAGUAGCUUACGGCUUGACUAUACUGGGGGUUAAUUAUGACGUAUAAACAAGGGAUUCUAUAUACAUGUAAUGCUUUCUUAUAAAUAUUGGUGAUUUAGAGAUGU